CCAAUUUUCCCCCACUGGAACCCCUAAUUUUUUCCCCUCUUCUUCGCGGUCUAUGAGCAUUUCGCUUCUUCACCCUUUUCAAACGCAUUUCUUUCUCCUCUUAUUUCUUUUUUUCGGAUCUUCUUUCUCCCUCUCUCCAAAGUUCUUCGAUUCUUUCCGUCUCCUUUUCGCUCGCUCUCUGGUAAUUUCAUCUUUUGGUAAAGUUUAGAUUUACAGUUUGGUAAGGUUUAGAUGUGAUUUGGGGAAUGGGUUUUGUCAUUGAAAUUGAAUCGUUUUUGUUUACUAUUUGUUGGAGAAGAAAUUAACUGAAUCAUUAUGCCAAUAUAGACAGUAUUAUUAAGCAUCGGGUGAAAUCCCAUACAAUGGAAUAUACUAUGAUCCGCCAGAAGAUGUAUUUUUAGUGUUUGUUUGUUCUUUACAUUUUGUUCGAAGCAUUAGAGGGCUAUAGUUAAGUUAAGUUGCUAAUUUUAUUUUCUUAUCUACCUGUGUAUCUGAAUGAUGUUUUAUGAGUACAGCCAUGCUUCCAAUAAGAUGCCAUUGGCUGUUCGCUGAAAUAAAGAGAUAAAAAAAAAAAAAGGUUGAAGAAGGUGAAGAAUCUCUGUUUCAGUUUCAGUUUCUUUUUCUGUCUUAAAAAAAAUCUUUUUUCUCAUGAGUAUUAAAUUGCUCUAACAGAAGGAAAUGUGAAUGUUUGAUUUAAUGGCAUUCAAACAUGUUGACGCAUUUGUGUUUUCCUGCUGUUCUGUAUGUCUGUAGUGAUAGUCUUAGCAAGGAAGGCAGAGUUCUUCCAAAUGUCACAUCCAUUAUAUGAGGUUGUGACUGAUGAGGGCUUAAUGCGUCCAUGCUUCAAGACUCGUACAGGAGGUUUGUACUCGGGGGGAAGUGCUCAGAUGGUUGAGAAUUCCCUAAAUAUUCAUGGAGAUGAGAUUCUUUAUGUUGGCGACCAUAUUUACACUGAUGUAAGUCAAUCCAAAGUCCAUUUACGAUGGCGAAUGGCAUUGAUUUGUCGAGAAUUGGAGGAAGAGACACUUGCUGCAACUAACGUGGAUGACCGAGAACUGACAGAGAGCAUGCAGAAGCUGCUUAUUAUUAUGCAAAGGCUUCAGUACAGUCUUCUUCUUGCACAACUUUUUGCCCAGGUAUGCUUUGGAUGGCAUAGGUUUUGGAUCCCAUGUGCAUCUCAGUUUAUGGCAGAAUGGACAAAAUGUUUUCCAAGCAUCUGAUGCAUCUUCUCAGCAUGGAAUGUCUAAAGUUGGAGAGGAGUUCACGGCAGGGAUUUUAGAUCAUCUUCCCUCAAUUUUGGCAUUCACAGCACCACUUCCAAAUAGGCUUAUUCUCUACUUCUUGCACACGUGUAUUUGAUGCAUAUGAUAAUAUUUCUGUAAUGCAUUCAUGUAUUCUAAAUCUACUUUGAUUUUAUGUUCAACUUUUUUUUUGUCUUCAGUUAUGAUCGCAUACAACCUAAUACAUGGAGUGGAGCAUAUCAAUGCUGGGGCAAAGAAAAUGGAGAAGCACAUUAUAUUUUUUAUUACCUUGCAAUGUGUAUAGUCAUAGGCAGGUUCAAGUAGUCAGUCUACUUCUCAUAUGUAUUAUUUAUUUUAGUUUUGAUUUUAAAUUUUUAUUUUUACUUUAAUAUUUACGACAACUUGAGUUUUAA